CCUCCUUUAGAAUCCCUGUGAGGGAUUGAUGAAGAUGAGUGGCUUCUAGCCAGCAACCAAUGAAACAAAAUUGCAAAAAAAAAAGAGAUUGUUAUUUUGAGCUCUAUUAUUUUUUUACACCUCAAUUCCUAUGGCCCUUCUCCUCCUCCUCCCCUACUAUAGGGCCUCCUGCCCACUAGCUCCAUGGCUGUCCGUCCUCCAUCGCGCACACCUGCACUUGCCUCUGCAAGCAAGUACUGACUGCUACUCCCCAGUCCCUUGGCAUUUUUGUUGUGUUGCCUGUCUCUCUCUGAGCCUCUGUGUGAGUGCGUGCUCUUGCUGCUGCCCAUUCCCAGUCCCUUCUUCACCAGCUCGCUCGCUCUCUCUCAUCCCUAUCAGGAUAAGCUGCCCCUCCUCUCCCGCUCUAGCUCCCUGCCGAUCUGGUGCAAUUGCUCGCGCUUCGAUUUGUUGGCGUCUGGGAUUGGGGGCGAGCUGUGGUCACCAUGCAAUGAUUCUUGGUUGCUAGCUACUUGCCGCCCUCGUCGCGGCAUGCCUGUGGAGUGACAGGGACCGGAGAAAGAGAACAAACCGGCAAGCAGUGACCUGACCGGGAGGGAAAGAGAGAGAGAUAGCUCCAUGGAUUGGGAUCUCAAGAUGCCGGUUUCCUGGGACCUGGCCGAGCUGGAGCACGACGCCGUGCCCGCCAUGGCCGCGCCCGCCGCGGUGGCCGCGCCGGGCAUUGCUGCCGCGGCGCCGCGCGGGCCGGAGUGCUCGGUCGACCUCAAGCUCGGCGGGCUGGGGGACUUCGGCGCGGCGGCCGACGCGAUGAAGGAGACCUCGGCGGCGAAGGCCCCGGCGGUGCCGUCGGCGUCGGCGGCGGCGGUGGUGCCGUCGGCUAGCCCGCUGAAGCGGCCGCGCCCGGGCGGCGGCGGCGGGGGCCAGUGCCCGUCGUGCGCGGUGGACGGCUGCAAGGCCGACCUGAGCAAGUGCCGCGACUACCACCGGCGGCACAAGGUCUGCGAGGCGCACUCCAAGACCCCGGUGGUCGUCGUGGCCGGCCGCGAGAUGCGCUUCUGCCAGCAGUGCAGCAGGUUUCACUUGCUUGCGGAGUUUGAUGAGGCUAAGCGUAGCUGUAGAAAGCGCCUUGAUGGGCACAACCGACGCCGCAGGAAGCCUCAGGUAGAAAGCAUGAGUUCUGGGAGCUUUAUGACAAGCCAACAAGGGACGAGGUUCGCGUCAUUUCCUGUUCCAAGGCCAGAGCCAAGUUGGUCUGGGAUGAUCAAAUCCGAGGACAGCAGUCCAUACUACACCCAUCAGGUCCUCAACAACAACAACAGGCCACAUUUCGCCGGCUCCACGUCGACGUACUCCAAAGAAGGCCGGCGCUUCCCCUUCCUCCACGAAGGAGACCAAAUGAGUUUCAGCACAGGCGUCGAGAUCCCCGUGUGCCAGCCUCUCCUGAAGUCCGUCGUCGCUCCGCCGCCGCCCGAGAGCAGCAGCAGCAACAACAACAAGAUGUUCUCCGACGGACAGCUGACUCACGCGCUCGACUCCGAUUGUGCUCUCUCUCUUCUGUCAUCCCCGGGCAACUCCUCCAGCGUCGACGUCAGCCGGAUGGUCCGUCCAACGGAGCAUAUACCCCCCGUGUCCCAGCACCUCGUCCCCAACCUGCAGUUCGCGAGCUCCUCCUGGUUCGCCUGCUCCCAGGCCUCCAGCGGCGGUGGAGUCUCUGCCGCCGCAGGGUUCGCCUUCCCCAGCAUGGAUAGCACGCAGCUCAACACCGCCGGCCUGGUCCCGAACUCCAACGACCACGAGAUGAACUGCCACGGGAUCUUCCAUGUGGGUGCCGAGGGCUCCUCGGACGGGACGUCGCCUCCACUCCCUUUCUCAUGGCAGCAGUAGUCUUCAGUAAACAUCGGAGAAGCUGUUCUUGGGUUGUUUGAUUAGUAGCUAAGCUGUGCCCUUUUAGUGAUCAGGUGUUAUCUUCUUUCUGUGUUUAUUCCCACCCUUUUUUUUCUCAUGUUUAUCUGUCUUGACUUCUUCUCUAAGCAUCAGAGUGAAUAACUUUGCAUGAUUCAGAAGCAAAGCUCUUUCAAAUAUGCUUCUGAAUUGCAUGUC